UAGCACCUUACAAUAAAUCCUAUUGAAGACUAUUUAUUCUAACACUUCACCUCAAGCUAGAUCAUAAAAAUUGUAUGUACUGAGUUUGGAACAAAUAAAUUAAAUCCGAGGACCUCAAUAUUUCAACUUAAAUCCAAAUUUGUCACUACCUCAAUAGACUGAAAAUCAGUGUCCAACACUUCCAUACAAUCUGAUUCUGGUUCAACAGCAGAAGUUUCUCCUACUGUAUUCAAUACAUUUGUUUCAUCUUCUUCUGUGUCAGAGUCUCCUCCUGCACCUUUCUUUAAUACUCAUCCCAUGCAAACCAGGUCGAAAUCUGGUAUUUUUCAGAACAGAGUUCAUCCAUCCUUGUUAUCUCAUUCUGAACCUAACAGCGUUAAACAAGCUCUUAAGGGUAAAAAUUGGAUGACUGCAAUGCAAUAAGAACGAGGUUUUAAUGAACCAAAAAUUGGAUGACUGCAUUACACUAAUUUAUUACUCUUUUAUCUUCUCCAGAGCUUUACAAGCCUUGCCUGUCAAUGUAGAUCCAAUUCCUAAAGGUAUCACAGAGCAAUUUGGACUACCAAGUCUUCAUGAUGCAUAUAUUGGAAUCCACAAACCCAAGGAUAUAAGUGAAGCUGAUUUGGCUCGCAAGAGACUCAUAUUUGAUGCGUUUUUUUACCUGCAGUUAGGACGCUUAUUCCAAAUGCUGGAAAGUCUUGGUACACAAAUAGAAAAGGAUGGAUUGCUUGAUAAGUAUAAAAGUCCAGAAAAUAAUGUUAUGGGCACUGAGGAAUGGUCUUCUCUCACCAAGAGGGUUAUUGAGGUCCUUCCAUAUACUCUUACAACCAGUCAACAACAUGCUGUUUCAGAAAUUAUUUGGGAUCUAAAAAGACCAGUUCCAAUGAAUCGGCUUCUUCAGGGUGAUGUUGGAUGUGGAAAAACUGUUGUAGCUUUUCUUGCAUGCAUGGAGGUUAUUGGCUCUGGCUAUCAGGUUGGUGUGCCUAUUAUAUUUUGAUUUCUUUUUGUUUCUUUAUUACCUUGGUUUCUCAUUAAAUUCUUGGAUG